AAAAGUGGUCCUACUUGGAAUGAAACUCUUGAAGUAUUAAAAAGGAAUCUCAAAUUGGCUGUAUUAUUUUUCCCAAAUUGUGGAGUUUUUAAACUAAUACUGUUGUUAAGAUUGAGUUUAUUAUACAUUUUCUUAUUGUUAUGUGAGAACAUUGAUUUUUUUCUAUGUUUAUAACAAAAAAAACUCAACAAGAUGUCACCAGUUGUAUUGUUUCUUCUGACAUCUUAACCUGCAUCAAGAUACGAGCAGUGGAAGACACGUACUGAGUGUUGCUCACUUGCUCUUCAAUGAACAUGCAGUUUUUUAAAUUGACCUUAUAUUAAGCUAAUAGUACGCAAACCACAAAGUUAGUUGCCUGUGUUGUGAGGACCAUUGCUGGCUGUUUGUGAACCUUUGGCACCAGGAAUACCUGAAACAGUCUCUCGCAGUCUGAGCCCUUUUGCCAGCUUCUGAGCCAUCACGCCACAGCAGACCGUCCAGUCUUGUGUGUAGGAAAUCAUGGGUCACCUGGCUAUGAGCAAAUCGUUUGGAUACCUUAUGUUGAGAGUGAAGACUUCCUUCCCUCCUUCCCCCGUGCACCUGUGAUUUUGGGGUCUUGAGUGUGGGGAAGGGAUGCAUUUAGACAUAGCUCCUCAAUUUUCACUUGGAGGGUUUAAAUCUUUGCAGUCAUUGCGGUGCGUAAGAAUAAAACCAGACUAAUUUGAAUACCUCUGUUCCAGUACGUUGAAUAUCUUAACGGGAUUUUUGAUGUAGUGCAUAUAAAUUGUGUAGCAACUAAUCUUCCAUCAGCCUGCCUCUAGCGAUGGUAGCUGCUUUGAACUGCACACUGGCAUUUCUUUAUAUUAGUAACUACAUUCACCCAUUAGUCAGUAAAACAGCAGGACAGGACACUGGCAGUUGGAUGGGUUCCACUAAAAAGGCACAUGCAUAAUUCUGUAUGUAAAUGUAACUAAAAUAAUUUUCCAGAGUAUUUUAAUCUGGCUUCUAAUUAUUCCCUGGUUUAGACUUAAGCUAUUUGCAUGUAAUUAUUGGCAUCUGACUCGGUAGGCUCUCAUUAGAGCAUUCUUAAAAACUAUGUUUGAGAAGGUCUCUUCUGUGGAAACAUGAACAAUUGAUCAUACUUCAUAUAGUCGUAAUCACGGUGUAAAUCUGGAUCUAAUAAGAAAGGAGGGGUUUUGCUUAAUAAUGGCUGUUGGGCCAUAAAAGUUAAAAUGCAGGUUUCCUUCCCUCUCUAGUGCAUGGCAUAGGAUACAGAUGGGUUGGGAAUUGCUCUCCUUUCCUUCCAUUGUUUUCUUACCUGUCUAAAAAGAAUACUGAGAACUUUCCGCUUUCAACAGAGGCCAGCACAGAGGACAACUCUUGUAAAUGGUUUUCACUUGCAAACACUAAGGAAGCCUGCAAGUGGUCUUCAGCUUGAAUUUAACAAUGCAGUUACCGAGUAACGCUCUCUUAACUCUCUGGCUCUUGCUUAGUUCUUGAGUGUAUCUCGCAAUUACUGUAUAUGUGUAUAUAUAUGUGCUUUUUACUACAGGAUGCUUUGCAUGUGGAAUGGAAAAUGGAUUCCGAGUUUAUAAUGCAGAUCCACUCAAAGAAAAAGAGAAACAAGAAUUUCUAGAAGGCGGUGUUGGCCAUGUCGAAAUGCUGUUUCGUUGCAACUAUUUAGCACUAGUAGGUGGAGGAAAAAAGCCAAAGUAUCCACCUAACAAAGUAAUGAUCUGGGAUGACCUGAAGAAGAAGACUGUCAUUGAGAUAGAGUUUUCUACAGAAGUCAAAGCAGUUAAGCUGCGAAGAGAUAGAAUUGUGGUAGUCUUGGACUCGAUGAUUAAAGUUUUCACAUUCACACACAAUCCCCACCAGUUGCACGUCUUUGAAACCUGCUACAACCCUAAAGGUCUCUGUGUCCUUUGUCCAAAUAGUAAUAAUUCUCUUCUUGCAUUUCCUGGAACACAUACUGGGCACGUGCAGAUAGUGGAUCUCGCUAAUACAGAAAAGCCUCCUGUAGACAUACCAGCUCACGAAGGAGUCUUGAGCUGUAUAGCUUUAAACCUGCAGGGAACAAGAAUUGCAACAGCAUCAGAAAAAGGGACCCUCAUAAGAAUAUUUGAUACUUCAUCAGGGCAUUUAAUCCAGGAGCUACGAAGAGGAUCACAGGCAGCCAAUAUAUACUGUAUCAACUUCAAUCAGGAUGCUUCCCUAAUCUGCGUAUCCAGCGACCAUGGCACAGUACAUAUUUUUGCUGCAGAAGACCCUAAAAGAAAUAAGCAGUCAAGUUUGGCCUCUGCCAGCUUUCUCCCCAAAUACUUCAGUUCCAAAUGGAGUUUUUCCAAGUUUCAGGUUCCCUCAGGCUCUCCGUGCAUUUGUGCCUUUGGAACAGAGCCAAAUGCUGUCAUAGCAAUAUGUGCAGAUGGCAGCUACUACAAGUUCUUAUUCAACCAAAAAGGGGAAUGCUCAAGGGAUGUCUAUGCUCAGUUUCUAGAAAUGACGGACGACAAGCUUUGACUGAGUUGAGGGGAAUGCAUGGGUCAAAGUACUGCCUUGGCUAUUCCACAUCUUUGGAAGGACAGUAUAUGAAUGUCCAAUACUGAUCAAGAAGUUUAGCAGACCUCACUGAGAAGCCUGGCCCAACAUGAUCACAACAAGCUCUGAAGUAGUGGACUACAUAUGUUUAUUCUCAUUUCUGCAAGUAUUCAUCAUUAAAAUCUCUUUGGGUUACUGUCAUCAACUCAAGUUUUCAAGAUGUGGCUUUCAACAAGCUUGUGCCUAUUGGGUUUCUCUUAAUCUAAACUGUGAAAUGACUUUAGAUUAAACACGAGUGCCUGCCACACAAAAAGAUCUGCAGGGGGCUGUACAAAUGUACAACUAGCCUUAGAAAAAGGGAUGUGAAAACAGAAGAUUUUAGGUAUUGCUUUACUGCCUCUGAAUGGCUGGGAGUGGGGGGAAUACUAUGGAUCAUCCUCAAAUAAAACUCCACCAGCUUGGCUAGGAGCAGGAGUGCUGCCUUUCCCCCCUCCCCAAGCACAUCUUAGAGUAACAGAGGAGAAGAGAUGACAAGCACGUAGCCACAGACAACUGUAGCUUGAACCAUGCUUGUCCUCUGACCUGGGCUAGGGGGGUGGGCGGUGGUAGUCAUGGGGCCACAGACGGCUGUUCCCGCCCACCUGCCCAUGUUGGGUAAGUUGAGUGAUCAGCACUAACUGUCAAAGGUGCCAAACUGUACAUAGUAGCUGAAGGCACAUUUAGGCACUGGCUGACCCAACUACCCUCUCCUCGGUGUGUGGAGCAAGCGCCCAGGGCACUCGGGCACCUGGAGCUCCUGUAUUUGUAGAGGUGAUUCCUUCUGUAACAAAACAGCCAUUCCAGGUUUAAAAACCACCCUCGGUACUGGUGUGACAGCUGUACUGACUGCCUCUGAAACUGCUGUGCUUCAACUGGAAGACUGGACAGGCCGCUUACACAUCCAGCACAAUAAAUGAACAAGGUGGCAUGAAAUAAUGGUCUCUGCAAUGGCUUUAAACUUGCAAACUUUUUUUUUUUUUUUUUAAUUUGAGAUGUUGCAUACUAAACACUGUUGGCCUAGGGACAGUUAGGUUAGACUAAACCAACUGACUUGUAAACUCUUUCCCCAAAUUGUUAUAUGGCAAUUAGUAUUUACUGCUGAACUAAGGCACAAGAUACUAAACUAGAAACUGAAAUAGACACAAGCUCUCCGUUCAUAGCACUAAAUACCGGGGGGGGGGGGGGGGAAGUCUUGCUCUUCUGAAACUUAAUUUCACAGAUGCUUCAGAUCUGACAUGCCAGUUCACUCUAAGAUUGUUUAGCUGCAAGCUCUCUAAAUUUGACAAGUUUCUUUUAGUGUCACGUAACAUACUAAGGACUAACUUCUACGCAGAUUUUGAUGUCAAGGUUGCAUGUUGCUUUUAUGUGUAUUUAACCACAGAAAUUGUUUUGCACACUUAUUUGUAAUAUGUUAUUUCUUUUAAAUAAAAGUGACUAAUUUUGCUG